CGGGUGUAAGGGUUUUAACCUAGUAGCACUUGUCAAGCAAAAACGACCAAACUUCAAGAAAUGUCUGUUCUAGAUAAGGUUUUCACCGCUACAAUCCUCUUUGUGUUUUUGAUAGACUUAAGCCAUAAAGGCCCUGUAUACGUUUCGGCACAAUAUACUAAUGAAAGAUGUGCAAUUGAAACUUCUGCUUGUCAACACAACAUUAAAAUUUCCCUUGACGAAGACAUACUUUGCAGGUCUUUACAAAACUAUCUUAAUUGUCUAAAUAACGCCGCAAAGCAUUGUGAUGUUAAUGGUGCACGUUUACAAGAUCUAAUUGACAAGGCAAGACAACAGAUGCCAUUGAACUGUCCUGCGUCCAGUGCUAGUAUUUCAACAAUCAGUGCCAUCUGUCUAAUUCUGACAACCCUUUUCAAUAUGCUGUAACAGUUGCGAUGUUAGACAAUUACCUGGACUGUAAACAUGUUUUAAGCGGUCGAAAUACAACUUUUCAAUUACUGUUUGUUUCUAUACCUAUAUGUUACCUAUAUGUUUCAAGGAAAUACUUCAUUUUAUCACAUACGUGUGGUGUAUACUGCCCUUGUGAUAAACCUUUGCUUUAUCAACGGGUGAUGCUUUAUGUAAUACUUCCGGUCCGAACUAUUUUUGAUAAAGCCCUUAUUGUUGUUGACCUAGUUUUGGAAGAUUUUCCUGUUUAUUCCACAUAAUUAUUUCUACUUUCAAAACUUGAUCUAAAAUGGAAUCGAAGAUUUAAAACUGAAAAGUGAGGAAAAAGACAUAAGUGUAUAGUUAAUAAAACUGCAAAUCAUGUUAGCUAUCAAGGACUUACCGAAGAAAUGCCUCCCAGAACUUUCAUUUUACCACAAAUACCUCCCUAAUCAAUAUAUAAACUUCGCAUAAUUAUUUUUUAUUUUACAAACAUUAACAAAUGUUUCUCGUUUGAGUAAAUAUACAUGUAGACUAUCGAGCAUUCGCAACUUUUUGCAAACCUACAAACUUUUAACUAUUUAAAUCAUUUCCAUUUAAGUGAUUGAGUUCGAAGAAAAAAUAUUUAGAGAUAAAAAUUAUUUUAAGCUCUAUUUCAGUGAAACUUUACAUUAAAACAGCUAUAUUUAUCUCCAAAAUGACGUACUGAAUUGUACUGCGCAAGGUCAGAUCAUUUAAGACGCUGUCUCAAAAGCUUUGAAAUAUAAAUCAAAUCAAAAUAUGAAAUAAAUAAAACACCUAUAAUUGUGUAAUUUUAUAUUUGUUUUAUGCAGCUCGUAAAGAUGGUGUAUAUAUUCCCUCGGAAGGCCUCGUGAAUAUAUACACCAUUGCAACUCGUUUGAUAAAGCAAAUAUAAAAUCAGACAAUAUUGAUA